CGCAAACAGCGGUAUUAAAUUUUCAAUACUUUCAAGCUUUCAUUUAAAUUUGAGAUAAAACUGAUUCAAACUCUUACUGGAUAUUGUUGAGGAAAUAUAUUGUUACUGAGUGCAAGAUAGCAUUUCUUAUCGGGGUCAGAUAUGGCACCUUGAUGACACCAAAUACACACUUCAUACCGGAUAAGAAACAAUGGCGAAGACAAGUUUGACUAUCGUUGUACUAUUCACGAUCAUAUCGACAGGUUUUACUUAUGCAGACAAAGUAUUCACCUUCUGCCCAGACAACUGGCUAUCCUAUGAGGGUUCAUGCUACUACUUCCACCACACUAAAACUUCCUUCGUUGAGGCAGAGCAUUCUUGCCAAAACCUUGAGUCAAACCUUGUCCAUGUUAAUAAUGUACAGGAAAGGGACUUUCUCAGGGACCACUUGAAUCAUCAGCUACCCGUUGCCUACUGGUGGAUGGGCCUAUCGGACGAUGACAUUGAAGGACAAUUUAGGUGGACGGACAAUCAACCGCUUACUUUUACAGACUGGUUCCCUGGUGAGCCAAACAACGCCAAUGGCGUGGAAGACUGUGCUAUGUUUGAUCAUAACCAUAAUUUCAAGUGGAACGAUGUUGCAUGCAAUCAACAAUAUUUCUCUAUUUGUGAAUUAAAAAGUGAAAGCCAAGGAGCAGGAUCUCUUGUUGGCUAAGAAGAAGGAAACCUUGCACAAACACAAUGUCAAUUGAAUGGCAAAAUCAAAUGUAUUCAUAUAAUUAUACAUAAUGUUUUUGUCAGAUAAUUUGGUGCCCAAGUUAAAAAAUAUAUAAACAUAAAUCUAAAGUUUUGGUACUUUGCUUUAUUUUGAUGUUGUAGUGUCUCAAUUGCGUGAGUUACAACAGCAGAUGUUUAUAAAUAAAUAGAAACUAUGUAAAAUACAUCUAUUAUAAGGUAUUUGUCAUACAAUUCUUAUAAUACAACAUACAACACAGGAACAAUCUUAGCUGCAUACACAUAAAUACGAUACUCUUUUCAAGACAAAGUACACUUCGAAACCCGUUGGCUCGAUAACGCUUGGCUCGAUUUUCUUGUUGGCUCGAACUUGAUGUAAUGGACUGAAUUUAGUUUAGUCUAUAUUAACAUUCCCGCUUGGCUCGAUAUUCACGAGGCUCGGAGUAUUUCGGCCGGUCGCUGUGUUAUGGAGUCAACGGUUUUCGACUGAAAAAGACCAAAAUAAAUCGAUUAAUGCAUAAUACAUUAAAAUUUUAUUAUAAAGUGUUUGCCUACAGAUUAUUUUUAGUUCGAGAUAAACAAUUGAAUCCUUAGAUACUAUCAUUACUUACUGCAUAUAAACUAUUAUUUUAAAUGAACUCGCUUAUGGUUUGUAAUAUGAAAAUAAACGAAAAAUAAAAUAUUACGGAAUAAAGUGUGGC